AUGAAGUUCUCAAACAUCUUGGUACCUCUUGCUCUCGCCUCAAGCGUCGCCGCCUUUCCCAACUGGAGGGACUGGCACGGCGCGGGCCCGGCAUGGCACGGAAAGGGUUGCCUGACGCAGGCGGACGCUGACGACAUUGUCGCCAAGUUCAUCAGCAUUCUCGAUCACCCGGAUGUCGACGCUGCCAAUGCCACCGCUCAAGCCUUGAUCGGCCCUGACUUCUUCGAGAAGUCCGACUCGAUCAAUAUGCUUGCUGGACAUCCCGUCGGCGCAGUCACUUUCUCCGGCAAGGCCAAGUACAUCCAAGGUGUUCUCCUCGCACCGUCAAUCACCAACAUCACAACAUACAAGACUUUGGUCGCUGGCUGCACGAACGUCCUGUGGUACUGGAACAUGGCCGGGAUUGGAAGCAAGACAAUCCCUGUGAAUGGGUUUAACCUUUUCGAAAUUACCGCCGACAAGCAAAUCGCCGACAUGUUUGUCGAGUUCAACAACGUUGGCUGGGGUAUCGACACAGGCUUCACAGUCUUCAGCCGUAAUGGAACUAAGCUGCCGUUGGCAUGA